AUGCCGCAAGAAAUUCGGCUCGUCCUCGCCGGCGAUGCAGGCGUAGGGAAGUCAUCGCUGAUCAUGUCACUUCUGAAGGAGGGGUUUGUUGAGAAUGUCCAGCCUGUUGUGCCGGAAAUUACGCUUCCAUCGGAUGCGUCACCGGCUGGCGUCACGACCAAGAUCAUUGAUACGGCGUCAGGGCCACGUUAUCAGGACCGACUUGAAGCGGAGCUACGUCGCGCGCAUGUCAUUGCGCUUGUGUACAGUGUGAUGGACCGCGAAUCAUUCGAGCGCACUUCGUCGUACUGGCUGCCGAUGAUGCACUCGCUCGGCAUCAAUGUGCCUGUGGUGUUGGUCGGCACCAAAAUUGAUCUUCGUCCCUCGGUCGUGGACGAUGAGUCGCUGGAAGAGGACAUUGCUCCGCUUAUGGCCGAGUUUAAAGAGAUUGAGACGUGCAUUGAAUGCAGUGCCUACCUGGCCCUGAACGUCGGCGAGGUGUUUUACUAUGCGCAAAAAGCCGUAUUGUACCCUACAGCGCCCUUGUACGACUCACGUACGCAUACACUCAAACCUGCAUGUGCCGAUGCGCUGUCCAGUAUUUUUUACUUGUGCGAUACCGACAAGGACGACGUCCUCAGUGACGACGAGUUGAACCACUUUCAGUUUGUAUGCUUCGGCGCGCCCUUGCAGCUGCAGGAACUGGAAGGGAUCCAUGAACUGGUCCAGCAGGGCCACUCGCCUCAUGGACCGCUGCAUCUGCAUAAUGGGCGCCUGACGCUUGAGGGCUUUUUGUACCUACAUACGCUGUUCAUUCAGCGCGGCCGUCUCGAGACGACGUGGACUGUGCUCUGGACCUUUGGCUACGCCAUGGACUUGACGCUCUCUCCGUCGUAUAUUCAUCCACCUCUCGAUAUCCCUAAAGGGAUCGCCGUGGAACUGAGCCCGGCUGGCUACCAAUUCUUUACUGAGCUUUUCAAAGCACAUGAUAAGGACCAUGACGGCGCGUUGAAUGCCGCCGAGCUGGAUGCGCUCUUUCGUCCUGUGCCCAAUGGGCAGCAUCCAUGGACAGGUUUCCCUGCGAGCACGGUGACCGAUGAAGCGGGGGCCGUUACACUGCAAGGCUGGCUCGCGCAGUGGAGUAUGACCACGCUCUUGGAGCCACGCACGACGUUGGCCUACCUAGCCUACCUUGGCUAUCCUCUGUUUGCGCAUGCUAUGGGCAUGGAAGCCAAAUUGGCGCGGUCGUCGCAUCCUUCGUCGCCGUCUUACAGCAGUGCCUCUGCUUCGUCGUAUGCGUGGAUGGAUGGCACGGCUGUAGGCGCCCAAGCCGCAUACGAGGCACGACCGUCUGUGACAACCACGGCCUUGAAAUUCGUUCGCCCUCGGCGGCCUGGAGAACGCAAGCGCUCCGGCAACGAACAGUGCAGUGUGUUCUCGGCCCUGGUGCUCGGCGCGCCUGGGAGUGGCAAGACGGCGCUUUUGCGUCACCUGGUCGGCAAGCCGUUCCAAGCCAAAUAUACACCGACGCAUCAUCUGCAGCGGGCUGUCGGUGCAGUAGAGCAAGGCGGCGCAGAGCGCUACCUUGUCCUGCAAGAGUAUGGAUCGCACAACGAGGCAGAAAUCCUACGCAAUCCGGCCAAGCUGGAUCACAUUAGCGCCAUUGUAUUUGUGUACGACUCGAGCGAUACCCAUUCAUUCUCGUAUAUCUCGAAUCUGCGCCAACAAUACCCGUACCUGGCCUCGCUGCCUUCCCUGUUUGUCGCGACAAAGGCCGACUUGGACCUGGCACGCCAGCGCCAUGAGGUCCAGCCGGAUGUGUACUGCCGCAAGCUGGGGCUCAGUGUGCCGCACCUAGGCGCAGGGCCGCUGAAUGUGAGUGCACGUCUCGGGGAGAUGGCUCAAUUGUACACCAUUCUGCUGGGCAUCGCCAUGGAUCCACGCGGCGCGAUUCCCACGCCCAGCAGCUCGCUAAGCACUGUGCGCUUGCAGUGGCGUACCGGCUUGGUCUGGGCCGUGGCGCUCACCGGCACUACGGUCCUCUCGUGGACAUUCGUCCGUGUGGUGCUCGCGCCACGUACGCGCCUAGGUCUGGGCAGCGCCUCGACAGGGUCGCGCUCGUGGCUCUCGUGGCUGUGGGGCCAGACAUCGAGUUCGUCUAGUAUGCUCCGCUCUGAGUUGUAG